AUGAGCUUCUUCUGGUCUCACGCUCUUCACGCUUAACUCCCAUCCCGGCGGCCUUUGCGUGAGCAAAAUGGCAGCCCCCGUGCCGCGGGUUUUGUCUUGCUUAUCCAGAGCUUUGGGCUGUUGGUCACGGCAGCCAGCCCUGGUGGCUCAGUCCAUGACUGUAGUUCCAGUGAGAACUAAAAAACGUUUCACACCUCCUACUUCCAAACCUAACUACGAAUCAGAAAAGGAGUUUAUAGAACGUGCUCGGAAAGCAGGAUUGGUCAUUCCUCCAGAGCGUUUGGAGCGUGCCAUACAUCUGGCCUGUACAGGUGGUAUUUUUGACUCUUAUGUUCCUCCUGAGGGUGAUGCUCGCAUGUCAUCUUUUUCAAGGGAAGGAAUGAAACAGAGAACUGAACGAUUUAAGAAGAACGUGGCAUCACAAUUGUCAAUCCGGAAGAUAAAAGAAUACGAUGCAAAUUUUAAAACAAAGGACUUCCCUGAAAAAGCUAAGGAUAUCUACGUCGAAGCUCACCUUUGUCUAAACAAUUCAGACCAUGAUCGGCUUCAUACCUUGGCUACCGAACUCUGUUUUCCGGACAUGGUCUGGGACCUCAAAUACAAGACCGUUCGCUGGAGUUUCGUGGAAUCUUUAGAGCCACCCCAGGUGGUUCAGGUUCGCUGUUCAAACCUGGUGAACCAGGGCAAUGUGUAUGGCCAGGUCACCGUACGCAUGCACACCCGGCAGAUUCUGGCCAUCUAUGACCGGUUUGGUCGACUGAUGUAUGGACAGGAAGAUGUGCCCAAGGAUGUCCUAGAGUAUGUUGUGUUUGAAAAGCACCUGACGAACCCCUAUGGGAGCUGGAGAAUGCAUGGCAAGAUUGUCCCCCAGUGGGCACCCCCUAAGCAGCCUAUCCUUAAGACGGUGAUGAUCCCUGGCCCCCAGCUGAAACCAUGGGAAGACUAUGAAGAACCUCAAGGGGAGACCAAUAAAGCUCGGCUAGCCUGAUGGCAAGGAUGAUCCCUGGGGUGAAGGAUUGCUGAUAAGGUGGCUGGAAGCUGGGAAGUCAUCUGCCUCAGCCACGUAAUAGAAAGAACUACCUUUGUUUUUGUCUGUCAUGCUGGGGUCUUUUCAGCAGUGUCAUCCUCAACAGCCAUGGCUGAUGGCUGGGCCCAGGUGGGUGCUUGGUAUGCACAGCCAUGGACCUCCACUUCUUCCUUCUUUUUUUUAAUUGUAUGUGUAGCUUCUGAGUCUAGAUGAAAAAUGGUAUGUUUCCAAGUAUAUCUGAUACCAGUUUUCCCAUAUCAGUGCCUGUUGAGCAAACUGGGAGCGUUCUCUUUCUAAUCACAGGGCAGGGAUCAUAGUCUGAAAUAAACACUGUCAGAGUAUUGAAAAAAUAGUGGUAGGUUCUGUACAUUUGCCGUGAUUCAGGUUGGAGGUAGACCAGCUUUCAAAUAGCCGAAGUAGAAGACAAGCUUGAUUGUGAGUGAUAUGUCUUCUAAGAAACCCAGACUUCGGGAAAAUUAUCAGUGCUUAUAAAAUAUUGUAUCAUUUACUGGUGAGGAGUGAGCUUUUUGCCUCAAGUAGACACAUGAGACUAUGUGGGCAACUUCUAUCUGGAGGGGAGGUGAGAAGACAGAAGGGCAGAAGCUGGCAGAGUGGACAUGGGAAUCCAGGGUGGAGAGAAGGAGUGUGCUGUCUCAUUAGGGAGAGAGCAACUAGGAGUAUAUAGCAAGGUGUAUGUAAAUUUUUGUACAAGAGACUGACUGGAUUUGUAAACUUUCACUUAAAGUACAAAAAAAAAAAAUUGUAUCAUUUAAGAGAGUCUCAUGCACUGACUUUCUGAAUCAGUAUUUGUAUUUCAUAGAGGAAUGUGAGUCCAAAGAAGUCAUUUGACCCCCAGCCUUUGGAUUGUGUUCUUAAUUAUCCCCUACAUUCUGGUGUGAUCCCAGGGAGCCUGGGUGGAGGCAGAGACCAUGAAAGGGGUGAUACAUUUGAGAAAUUCGUCUGUAAGCCUCGGUUCCCUGACUUCUGGCACCUCCUGGAAAUGGUGACUAUUCUUCACAGUGUUGGGAAGGCAAACAUACCAGAGUAUAAGCCUGUGUUGAAGUGAAGCAGUCCAGCCCUUCUUUGUUCCUUUGCUCCAGCUGGGCUUUCAGGAGGAGGAUGUGAAACUUCAUAUGCUUAUGUGUCCUGGGAUCAUUCGAGGUACGACAAGGGAAGUCACUGUGCCAGCUACAGGCUGGCUGAUAGUACUAUCGCGUUUAUCAACACAUUGUGGGCUUCUCUUAAUUUUUAUACUUUCUGUUUCUCAAAACUUAGCUUUUUUUUUUUCCUGCCAAAGGAUUUGUCAUUUGGGGUAAGGACUAAUCUGUUUUGACCUUGUCUAGAAAGUAGAAGCCAAAGAAACUGGAAUCAAAUUGAGACUAGUUUUAAUUUUUCAGUCUUCCUAAAGCUACCAUCUCAGCUAAGGAGUAAGCAGGUCAGGCCUCACUGGGGAAAAUUGGUGUUUGGACCGCAGCUGCUGAGUGCUGACUGAAAACGAGGACGUGUAGGCUGAGGGGAGAACCAGCACUGGCGGGUUAAUCCACAGCAGCCGCUCUCGUCGUGCUCCUUAGUCUCAACCCUUUUGGCUUAAAAUGUACAUUAGUUUGCAGCAUUACCGUCCAAGUGAGGUUCAGCCACAUCCUCUUUGCCUGAGCCCUGGAUUAAAGCAAAAUGGAAAGGGAAGUGCUUUGAGCAGGAGCCACAGCUAGGGAGGAGGGAGGAGGGGGAGAUAAUCCAGGGAAGGCGGGGAAGCAGAGAAACAAAAAAGCACACUUAAUGGAAAAAUGAUACAUUGGUUUCUCUGAAUAGGUAAAAGCAGUGCUUCAAAUAAACUGUUUCACCUCCACCCUUCUGGAUCUGUCUCAGGGUCCCCAGGUAAUCCUAAACAGCAGCUAAGCAAUAGCUGCCACCGGGGAGCCGGAGGAUAAAUGCAAUUUUCAUUUCCCCUUGGAACCAAAUCCAGUUGAGCAAAUGGCCCCAAAUGUGAAGGAUUGGCUGGAAGGGCCAGGCAAAGACCAUCAUCUGAGUGUCAGCUCCAAAGCCAGCGCUGGCAAAGAAUUAGCCAGACCAAAAAAAAAAAUUUUAUUUUUACCCCAAAGGCCUAAAGGCUGCAAUGUUGUCACUUUGAAUUUUGGAGCACGCAUUGUUCUUUCUUUACCUGUCUACUGGUCUUUUUCAAAAACUUUGACAACGAAAAUCACCACUAUCAAUAAACUAGAGCCAACUGCAUUGGUCAAGAAAAA